CGAGCGGUCUCUUUUCCCCUCGCCUUCCCGACACUCAGGGACCUUUAGAAACGAACACCCCCUCCCCCCCGAGUCCGUUCAGAGCUUCCUCCGUGUUCGGGGCGCCUCCCCGAGGUCGGCCGAGGCGGCUGUUCUCGCUGUCUCAUGGAGCGCUCGGAGGAGGGAGGAGCCGCCGCCAACCCGGCCGACAUGGCAGCCCUGCACGCAGCCAAGCGCGCCCUGCGAGCGGAGCUGAAGCGCCGCCUGAAAGGGCUGAGCGAAGCCGAGAAGGUCCGCCAGUCGCACCUGCUGGCCGGCAAGGUGAUGGCCCAUCCUCGCUACCUCGCUUCCCAGUGCAUUGCAGUCUUCUUAAGCAUGCCAGAUGAGGUCCGGACCAACGAAAUCAUUAAAGACAUUUUUCAAAAAGGCAAAGAAUGCUUCAUUCCAUGGUACAAGCCCCAAAGCAGCCACAUGGACAUGGUCAAGCUAGCUUCCUAUGAAGAAAUUGCCUCCCUUCCUCUGACAUCCUGGAAUAUCCAUCAACCAGCUGAUGAUGACAUCCGGGAAGAUGCAUUGGCAAUGGCAGAUGGUCUGGAUCUCAUCCUGAUGCCUGGACUUGGUUUUGACAAAAUGGGGAACAGGCUGGGAAGAGGAAAAGGGUAUUAUGAUACCUACCUCCAACGAUGCCUGCUACAUCCGAAAGGAAAACCAUACACAAUUGCCUUAGCUUACAAAGAACAAAUUUGCCAUACGGUCCCUGUGUCUGAAACGGAUAUGAAAGUGGACGAAAUCCUCGUUGAAGACUCCAAACAAGAACUCUGAUGAUCUUGGCUUUCCGUGGAAUUUCAUGGACCGCUUCAUUCACACCUAUUCACGAUGGGGAGGUUCGGUGACGGACUUCUGUCAAUAUCUUUGUGAUCUCAACUUGGUCGCUGGGUUGACGAUGGUACUACUACCAGGUUCUUCUGCCCGUAAAGAUGCAAUAAAUCGUGUCUCUUAGAUUAUGCACGCA